CGCUUUCUACUGGAACAUGCUGCUCCCUUCUCUGCUUUUUUGACGGACAGCUUUGGGCGUCAGCACAACUACUUGCGAAUUUCUUUGACCGAGAAAUGCAACCUCAGGUGUCAGUAUUGUAUGCCAGAGGAAGGUGUUCAGCUGACCCCUAAAUCAGACCUACUCACUACUCGGGAGAUAAUCGCUCUGGCCAAACUGUUUGUGAAAGAAGGUGUAGAGAAGAUCCGACUGACAGGAGGAGAGCCGCUUAUCCGUCCUGAUGUGGUUGAUAUUGUGGGUCAACUGCACAAGCUAGAAGGUCUGAAAACCAUUGCUGUCACAACCAACGGGAUCAACUUAACCAGAUUGCUGCCCCGACUGAAGGAGGCAGGACUGAAUGCCAUUAACAUUAGCUUGGAUACUUUGGUCCCAGCUAAAUUUGAGUUCAUUGUCCGGAGGAAAGGCUUUCACAAGGUAAUGGAAGGAAUCCACAAAGCCACUGAACUUGGCUACCGUCCUGUUAAGGUAAACUGUGUGGUGAUGCGAGGCUUCAAUGAAGAUGAACUGCUGGACUUUGUAGAUUUCACAAAGGAUCUGCCCCUUGAUGUGCGGUUCAUAGAAUACAUGCCCUUUGAUGGCAAUAAAUGGAACUUCAAGAAGAUGGUGAGCUACAAAGAAAUGCUUGAUACAAUUAAACAGCGAUGGCCUGAAUUGGAGAAACUGCCCUGUGAAACUUCCAGCACAGCCAAGAGUUAUAAAGUGCCACAGUUCCAGGGCCAAAUCAGCUUUAUCACCUCCAUGUCAGAGCACUUCUGCGGAUCCUGCAAUCGGCUGAGGAUAACAGCAGAUGGGAACCUAAAGGUAUGCCUUUUUGGGAAUUCGGAAGUGUCCUUGAGAGAUCACCUACGGUCGGGUGCCUCAGAGGAAGAGUUGGUUCAAGUCAUUGGAGCAGCAGUGGGAAGAAAAAAGAAACAGCAUGCUGGCAUGUUUAACAUUUCCCAGAUGAAAAACCGGCCAAUGAUCCUGAUUGAGCCUGCAUUGAUGCUGUUCCCACUACGCCAAGACACCCUACAGAAUCCCCCAAAUUCAAAACAGCGGGGUCACACAUUCAGCCAUUGGCUGACUUUGAGAGCAAGUUUCCCCACACAAAUGAGAAAAGCACUAAUGAAAAAUAAGCUUACAGGACAACUCUACCUGCCAGGAUCUCGCCCAGAGCAACAGUGGCAUAUAACAACAGGAAUUCUACAAACCCAGCUCAGAGGCUCCUGUGUCUCCCAGAGGGAUGCAGGCUCCACAUUUGACCCAAAGUGCCUUGAGGCUUCUCCUGUAGGCCAAGUUUCUGUGGACUGUCAGUCCAAAGAGGCAAGUCCAGGAUCUGAACUGGGCACCACGGUACCUCGUGCCUGUGGCAGUUUGACUCACACUGAUGAAGAAGGACGGGCCACAAUGGUUGAUGUUGGAGGGAAGCCAGAUUCAAAAAGAAUUGCUGUUGCUGUAGCUGUGGUCCGCCUGGGUGAGAAGGCAUUUGGGAUGGUGAGGCAGAACCAGGUGAAGAAAGGGGACGUGCUGGCAGUUGCCCAGAUUGCAGGAAUUCAGGGAGCCAAGCUGACCAGCCAGUUGAUCCCGUUGUGUCACAACAUCCCCCUCAACCACGUGGAGGUGUCUCUAAGCCUGGAUGAGGACAGAUGCGCAGUGGUGAUUCGCAGCUCCUGUCAGACCUGGGGGAGGACAGGGGUGGAGAUGGAAGCUCUAACAGCUGCUAGCCUGGCUGCCCUGACUGUGUAUGACAUGUGCAAAGCAGUUACUCAUGACAUUGUGAUUGAAGAGGUGAAGUUGCUUAGUAAGACAGGUGGACAGAGGGGAGAUUUCUCAAGAGUCUAG